CUCUAUCUCAGAAUAUUCGCCUUUCUUUAUCAUUUUCGUUCUUUCUGUUUGUAGAUUUUUCACAUUUAUGGAAAAUAAGUAUCAUUCAAAUCAUAGAAAUGUGCGUAAACUAUUAAAAAAUAGCAUCUGUGUAAAAAAAUAAACACAAACAGAAAAAGUAGGGAAAUAAAAUAUUGCACGCAGAAAAGUAAGCAGUUUCGAAGAAGGCUGAUUUUGUAUCCCCCUGCCCGGUGUUCGAUUGUUCGACAAUGUCUUCCGAGUUGAAAAAACUUUCAGAGGAAUCCCUUUUACAGCCUCCAGAAAAGGUUUUCGACAUUAUUUGUAAACUCGGCGAAGGUAGCUAUGGGUCGGUGUACAAAGCUUUGCACAAGGAAAGUAGUUCAAUUGUGGCCAUUAAAUUGGUGCCGGUGGCGUCCGAUCUACACGAAAUCAUCAAGGAGAUCUCUAUAAUGCAGCAAUGCGAUUCGCCGUAUGUGGUGCGCUACUAUGGUUCCUAUUUCAAGCAAUACGAUCUGUGGAUAUGCAUGGAGUAUUGUGGUGCUGGCAGUGUUUCCGAUAUAAUGCGACUUCGCAAGAAAACACUCACUGAAGAUGAAAUAGCAACCAUACUCUCCGACACAUUGCAGGGAUUAGUGUAUCUGCAUCUACGACGCAAGAUACACAGAGAUAUAAAAGCAGGAAAUAUACUUCUCAACACAGAGGGCUAUGCUAAACUGGCAGACUUUGGGGUAGCUGGUCAGCUGACAGAUACAAUGGCUAAACGAAACACUGUUAUUGGCACUCCAUUUUGGAUGGCACCAGAAGUAAUUGAGGAAAUUGGUUACGACUGUGUAGCAGAUAUUUGGUCGCUAGGUAUAACUGCAUUGGAAAUGGCAGAAGGCAAACCGCCAUAUGGUGAUAUACAUCCAAUGCGUGCAAUUUUCAUGAUUCCCCAAAAGCCACCACCGUCUUUCCGUGAACCUGAUCGAUGGUCAGCAGAAUUUAUCGAUUUUGUUAGCUUGUGCCUGGUAAAAAAUCCCGAUGAACGUGCCACUGCUUCCGAUCUGUUGGAGCACGAAUUCAUUCGCAACGCAAAACCACGCAAUAUACUGAAACACAUGAUCGAAGAGACUUGCGCAAUACGUGAGCAACAGCGCGCAAGUAGAACGGGAGGUAUGAGCCAAGCAAAGAGCUUAGCCACACAACAGGAAGAGCUUUUGCAAGAAGAUGAGCCUGAAUUUCAGGCAGAGACUGUAAAAACAUUUAUAGACGAUCCGGGUACUUUAGUGCCGGAAAAAUUUGGUGAAUAUCAGCAGGCGUCGGGAAGCGAUGCCACUAUGAUAGCGCACGCUGAGGAUAGCGGAACGCUGGGACCUGGAGGACGUGGAUUGGGUGUUGCUGGUGGUGCUGAUGCAGCAGCCGGUAGAGGUGGCGAUUUGACCGGUGGGGCAGACACCGGCACUCUCAUAGAGUUGGAAUCGAAUUUAGGCACUAUGGUCAUAAAUUCGGACUCCGACGACUCAACCACAACCAAACGCAACGAAUUUAAUAAACCACGCUAUCGCCCCAAAUUUCUCGAUCACUUCGAGCGUAAGAAUCCGGGUGAUGCGCUUGUGCCAACACGCAUUGGUGACGAUUUGGAAAAGUCGACUAAUUUUGGUGUAUCUCCAUCGGGUGUCGGUGCCGAUCAGUACCAAACAAAUACACAGCAGCAGCAACAACAACAACAACAGCAACACCAUUUAAUGCAGUCACAACUAAAUCAUACAAAUUCGAAUGACACAAACUGGGAGAGCAACAUGGAAAUGCAAUUCCAACAAAUUUCUGCUAUCAAUCAGUAUGGCCUUCAACAGCAUCAGCAUCAUUUGCAGCAACAACAACAACAGCAACAAGCUGCAGCCGCAGCAGCUGCAUAUUAUGGCCAUCCGCUGGUUAGUGACCAUCACUUACUAGCGAUAAACAAUCAACAAAAUCUAUUGCGUAAUCAGCAGCAACAACAACAACCGCAACCACCCGCCUAUCAGCAACAUCAUCUGCACACCCAAUCCCAUAGUUAUGUGGAUGGUGAAUUUGAAUUUUUAAAAUUCCUCACAUUUGACGACCUAAAUCAGCGGCUAAAUAAUAUUGACUCUGAAAUGGAGAAAGAAAUCGAAGAGUUGAAUAAAAAAUACAAUGCCAAACGACAGCCAAUUGUUGACGCCAUGAAUGCAAAGCGAAAACGUCAGCAGAAUAUCAAUAAUAAUCUCAUUAAAAUUUAAAUAAACCAACAGGACGUUUCGAAAAUAAAGGGAGAGAGAGAGAGAGAGAGAGUGAGAGAACUUUAACGCAAAGAAGAUCAAACAUCCCAUAUGCGAUCAUGUAAAACCACAACAAAGACUUUUCUGUUUGUGUUUAAGGUGCAUUAAAUUGACUAUUUGUUUCACUCAAUAAUCAAUAAAUGUUCAUUUGUAAUUUAA